UAAAACCCUAAAAUUGAUGGGGUGUAGGACCCAGUAGCUGGUUAACUGUGCAGUACCACUACAGGAAUUGAAGUGAAAUUCACAUGUUCUGUCCCGAUCGGCUGAUGGUGUACCUGUUGAAAAUCGAUGUGCAGGGAUGGAUUUUGAACGUCGGAAACGCAAAGAGGAGAUUGAGAGAGCUCUGAAAUUUAUACAGUCGUCAUUGCCUUACCCAGAUCCUGAAGGCUAUGAGGCUUUCCUGGCUCAGCUGGUGUGCAACCUCUUGGAUGAGGGGAACACAGCAUUUUGGGAGAGGGACUGGACUCUAGCGAGGAUGCACUUUAGCGAGGGGGUUAGCGUAGCGUGCUACGCCCAGGCGGAGGGGGUGACCCUGCCCCCCGCCCUCCUGGAGAGUCUGUAUGUUAACCGCGCAGCCACACACCACAGCAUGGGUGAUUACGUGGGCUGUGUGAGAGACUGUGACAGUGCUUUGUCUGUGUGUGCGUCCAGUCGUAAGGCUCUGUUCAGAAAGGCAGUGUGUCUGAGAGACCUGGGUCAGCUCAGAGAGGCUUAUGACUGCAGUGCUGCUUGUCUCCGCAUCUCCCCAGAGGAUAAACAAGUGAAUGAGUUGGCCCAAGAUCUGGCCAGUAAACUCAAUCUCAGGAACCGCAAAGCCUACAUCAGUCCACAGAAACCAGGAGCAGAGAGCCAUGGGGAUCUGUCACCUCCUUUAGAACAGAUUCUGUCCGACGGGUUGGACAGUAUGGAUAGACUUAGUGAUAUUUCAGUGCCUCUCUCUCCUCUCCUGAUUGCGGAGCCAGUGAGUGACCAGUCAGCGGUGCCUGUUGUGGGUGUGGGUGAGCAGGGCGUGUUGCCCUCUGCGGCAGUGCCAGUGUCGGUGCCCAUCUCUGAGCCGCUUACAGACGCCGAUCUUGUGGGAGAUGAACUGGACAGUCUGUUAGACUGCAUGUCCAAGCAACAGCACAGCUCAACGGAGCCUCCAGUGGGUGUGGUCUGUACUGGUGCACCGCGGGCUGCGAUUGGUUUGGGUCCUGCAUUCUCUCCAUCUCUCCCUCCCCCCUCUCUUCACCUCCCUCCUGCGUUUUUUACCUCUGCCCUCAGCCAGCUCAACUCCCUGGACUCUAUCUCCCACCCUGGCCACAAGUCUCCCAGACCCCACAGCACUCCUCUGGACGCCUUAGACUCCUUCUCUCCCCAGGGAGGUGCCCAGCAGGGUGUGGAGGCUCGGGGACCCCCCGCGGCUGUUGGGGGAGGAGGCCUGGACUCCCUGUCUGAGUUUUCACUGCCAGGUGGGAGGUGCCAGAGUUUUUUGCAGUCUGUGAGUGUGAGGAGCUCUGCUGUCUCUCUCUGUGCACAGAAUGGUCAGGUGACCUCCACCCUCACUCUGAUGUCACAGAAUCCUCUGGCAAACACACACGACUUUACCCAGGCCUGUUCCACCUGCUACAUACACACAGGUUCCGGUGUGUUAGACUAUGUGCGUGUGAACGAUUCUACUCACCACUGUAAGAAAGACAUUCUGCUCUGUCGCCGGAAAGAUCCAACGCCAAAUCUCACCUGGAAAAGAAUACGGCCACGCCCAACACGCAACAACUUCCUGGGAGCUUACGUUCUCUGUAAAGAGGUGCAGGAGUUCCAGCAGUGUAAAUACAGGGAUGGCUGCACAUUUGCCUUCUAUCAAGAGGAGAUCGAUGUAUGGACACAGGAGAGGCGGGGCUUACUGACUCGAGAGCUGCUCUUCAGUCCACUCUCAGCCAAUCAGAGGCGAGCUCGCACGGUGGCCAAACUGCUGCAGAUCCACAGUGGCAUGUUUAUGUUCCUCUGUGAGGUGUGUUUUGAUGGUAAUCCACGGGUCAUCAGUAAACGCUCUAAACAGAAUCUGUCCUUCUGCUCCAACCCUGUAGCUCACCAUGCGUUUGACAAGCACAGGUGUUUGGUUCAUACAGUGAAGAGCAGUAGUGGGGUGCGGUACAGUAAGGUUCGGCCGUUGGGUGAGGAGUGUCAGAUGGACGUGUGUAAACUCAGGUUCUGUCGACAGGACAACAAAUGCAGCUUCGCACACUCUCUCAUCGAACUAGAGACAUGGCUACUACAGCAAGACACAGGUAUCACCCAUGAAGAGAUAGUACAGGAAUCAAAGAAACACUGGCAUAAACUGGAGCACAACACGCCCAGACUGAAGACUGUGUCCUCUGUGAAGGCCAGUAUCGUUAGUAAGAACAGCGCCAUUAACGGACCAGGAAGUGCAGUUGCUGGAGGAGGAAGUGAUGGACAGGUCAAGGGUCAAGGUCUCCAUCAUCUCCAGCUUAAAAUGAAGUUUGUCUGUGGUCAGUGCUGGACAGACGGGCUGCUCAGUGAACCCGAUAAAACGCUCAAAUACUGCUCCUCUAAAGCAAGACACAGCUGGACUAAGGAGCGGAGGACUCUCUUGGUGAAGUCCAUGGAGAGGAAGAAAUGGGUGGCAGUGCGACCAUUACCCUACGCCAAGACAAACCCUCAACAGUAUGACAUCUGUGUUCACGUGCUGAAACAGAGGAAGUGUCACUACAUUGGAAACUGUACCUUCGCUCACAGUCAGGAGGAGAGAGACAUGUGGACAUACAUGAAGAACAACGGCUUGCGGGACAUCCAGCAGAUGUAUGACUUGUGGCUGGAAGCAGCCAAUCAGAAUUGUCAGCCUGAUGUCACUGCUCUGUCCCAGCCAAUAGAGGAGAAGCAGAUUACCAUGCCAACAGACUUUGCUGAGCCACUGAGCGGGUUUUACUGUCAUCUGUGUGGGAAGCAGAGUAACAGUGAGAGGCAGUGGUGUCAGCAUGUGUCCAGUGAGAAGCAUAAGGACCGUGUGUUCAGUGGACAGGGAGAGGAACUGACUCUAACAUGGACACACAGGUUCCCCGGACACUGCUUCACACUCUGCCCCAGCUUGGACGACUGCCCUGAGGGUGUGAGUUGUGACUUUGCACAUAGUGAGGCGGAGCUUGAGGAGUGGCAGGAAAGGCGGGACUUCCUGCGGAGGAAGUUAGCCAAGGCGCGGGCGGACAUGCUUAUACUGCCCAGUGACUGUGACUUUGGGAAAUACAACUUCCUACUGCAGGACUGAACUUCCUCAUACACACAAACACACAC